GCAAUAUUUCUCUUAUCCCCAGAUUUCUAGCUGAAAUUCAGGCCUGCUGAACACACCCCUCACCGCAGCCCCCCUACCAGGUGUGGGCCCAGCUUUACAUAGUUCAUGCUGGAAUUUCAUGCAGAAAACUGGUUGCAAAAGAUUCUUAAAGGGCCAGGGGAGCACAAAGGAGGAGAUCUCCCAGACAUCAGAAUGCCGGCGCCCAACCUGCCAACACAGCACUGGCCUGCUCGAGGUUUUGCCACUGUGCUGAUGGGGCUGCUUGGGGUCCUGAUCGGGAACCAAGAGCCCACGCCGUGUGGCUGCAGCUGUGACCAGAGCCCCCGCCAAGGGACAGGAGGCAACAGAGGCUCAUUUCUUCUUCCUGCUUUCAGCCUCUAUCAGUACCUCUCACAGGCAGACCCGCAGCAGAAGCAGCUGGCAGAAGGAGGGUGUUGGAAGUAUAGUCCGGCCCCUGCCUCCACUGCCAAGCCCCAGGCCCGCAACACCCAGGACUCCGCAGAAGGGAGGCAAAGGACCGCCGGCCCUUCCACACGCACCCCCUACCAUCUGGUCCUUGGCCCUUUGCCUUGGCUGCCAGGAGAGCACGCUCCAGUCAACCUCUCGCCUGCAGGGGGCGAUGUAAAUGUUAACCCAAACCAAAUGGAAAGAACGGAAUAUGAGCCACACCUGCACAGGUGCAGGCUGGCUCUGGGCCCACGUGGCCAAGGUGGCCUUACACUUCAAUUUGCCAACUGUGGGAUCCAAGGUUAGGAAAGCUUGAUGCUUUAUUUUGCUUCUGUAGCAACCAUUCAGGAUGACUUCCUUACAUUUUUUUUCCGUUUUGAUUUGUUCUAUAUUUCCUAGGAGAUACAGCAGAAAUAUUUGACUCCAUUGCCACACAAAACAGGAAAUUGCAUUUCGCCAGGUUUUAUUAUUGCUGGUUCCCUUUUGCUCCUAGUGCACUUCCCAGUCAAAUGCCUGCUUUUCAACAAGAGGCAAAUUCGGAGACAUUUAUUGAAAGCCUGCUGCUACUGGCCUGACUCUAAGAAUUUGAAAAGAAAAGGAAAGAGAAGAAAAAGAAAAAAUAUCACAGUCUUCAUCUUUACGUAGCUUACAGUUUUGUUUAGAAAUGAGGCUUCUGCACAUGCAACUUGAGCAAACAAAUAAAGUAUAAUAUAUUCCAGUGUUGAAGUCUGGUGCAGAUUCUAAGGGUGACAGAACAGCUGUCUCUAGCCAGGCGCGGUGGCUCACACCUGUAAUCCCAGGACUUUGGGAGGCCGAGGAGGGUGGAUCACGAGGUCAGGAGUUCAAGAUCAGCCUGACCAACAUGGUGAAACCCCAUCUCUACUAAAAAUACAAAAGUUAGCUGGGCGUGGUGGUGCGUGCCUGUAAUCUCAGGUACUCGGGAGGCUGAGGCAGGAGAAUCGCUUGAGCCCAAAAAGUGGAGGUUGCAGUGAGUUGAGAUUGAGCCCCUAGACCAGUCUGGGCAAAAGAGGGAGACACCAUCUCAAAACAAGAACAAGAACAAAAACAACAACAACAAAUAAUAAUCAUCAUAAUAAUAGCUGUCUCUAAAGGGAUUAUAUUGGAAGACAAAGGAGAGGGCAGGGCAAGUUCCUAGCAUGAAGACCUCCGACAGCAAAAGAGAGAGAAGUGAGCAGGCAGUAAGAUUGCUCAGCUGGGUAGGAAAAUGCAGGUAAUAUACUUGAGGGUUUUGAACAUCAGUUUGAGGAAAUCGAACUUAAUUCUGCAAUAGCCAAAAUGUGAUCAUCAGAGCAAGGACAAUUACAAACCAAAUUGUCCUCAUUCUGGUUGUAUAGAAUAUAACAUAUAAGCAGCUAAAAGAUGCACUAUUUUAAUCAGCAUGACUCUUAAUAACUUUAAUUCUAUGAGACUAAUAAUUAGGUUUUUAUAAAACAUAGAUUCAUUAAGUAUUAGCAAAUAUUUUAUCUUUUAUCUCAAUGACUUUUUUCUCCUAAAAUUUAAAAAAAGCGUAAAUGUUCCUCACUAUGUGACUUCACUGAACUCCUGAGUUGGCGAAGUGAGAUUAGAUAGAGAGGGAUGCUAUGCUGUCCAUUUCUAUGUUGCCCCUGAAUUCCUGAGUUAGGAAAGCAAGGGGUUCAAGCCAUGACUCAAAAAUUGGUUCCAUUGUCUUCCAGCCCCGAAUGCAUAUGGGGAGGGUUAAGAAAGCAAAGCGGGUCUAUACAAAACUUUCCAAGGCACCUUCCCUCCUUCCAUUCCCAGACCCACUCUUCUCCCUGCUCCCCAGGGCCUGCUCUAACCUGCCUGAGUAAAUACCCAAGGCCCCAAUCCGGGUCAGCAUCUUCUAUCACCUGCUCUUAGGUGGGUAAGCUGAUAAUCAAGCCUUGAAGCCCACCUGCUACUCAGGCGCAUGCGCGCACAGACGUACACACGCACACACGCACACGCACACGCACACGCACGCACAGAGGCACACGCAUUCUGUUGUUAACUUUGAGAAGAGUCCCUCUAGUGGCCACCUGUACAACACCCUGUGGGACCGGAUGCCGCUGGAAGGCUCACAUUGGUAGGUACCUCACCUCGCAGUGGCUACACUUUAGGUUUUCUGAGUGGGAGAAGUGGGAGAGGAAAUGAAAAGGUUGGCUUUAGCCAGACUGUGAAGGUUGGACUAAGGCUUUUCCUUAUAACAAUGUGGAUGUUGGCAUCCUGGGUUUUAGAAUAGACAGUGAAGUGAUCAGGUCUUGAUUUUAUAAAGGCAAUGCUUGCCUUCAGUACUUAGGUGACUAUCAGAGGGUAAAUGAUGAUAAUGAAGUAGCUAGCUGAAUAUAUAAAAAUUAAAUAGGGCCGGGUGCAGUGACUCACGCCUGUAAUUCCAGCAUUUUGGGAGGCCGAGGCAGGCGGAUCAUGAGGUCAGAAGUUUGAGACCAGCCUGACCAACAUGGUGAAACCCCAUCUCUACUAAAAAUACAAAAAUUAGUGGGCAUGGUGGUACACACCUGUAAUCCCAGCUACUCAGGAGGCUGAGGCAGGGGAAUCCCUUGAACCCGGGAGGCGGAGGUUGCAGUGAGCAGAGAUCGUGCCACUGCACUCCAGCUUGGGCGACAGAGCAAGUCUCUGUCUCAAAUAAAAUAAAAUAAAAAGAAACAUCUUUGUAUGUGCUUUGCUCAGUGUGAAGCCGGGAAGAAGGUGCUGCACCUCCUCAUUUACCAGGCUGAGGGAAGGAGAAAUUGGCAUAAGUCCUCUUAACCAG